AUGCUGAUUCGCGGGAUAAGUAAUCGUCGAAUUUGGAACUCCGACAUGAUUUCUGAACUGCAUCAUCUGCUUUGCUCACCAACUGUUUGUAAAAAUGCCUGUACUGGAAACGGGCUAUCUUUCGUAUCAUUCAAAAGACGAAACUUUUGCAUAUCAGAACCCACAAUUCGAGUAAAAGCUAGCGUCGUUUGUUCACAUCCAUCACAAGCUCCUGUCAGUGGAAAUCGAAUUUCACGGGUGGUAAGAACAGAGGCACAAACUGCACUUUUUGAUUAUCUACAUUUCACUAGAGGCUUCCAUUUCACCGAUGCAGAACACAUCAGCAAGAACUCCCCUAAUUUCAUCCAAAACCUGCUAUCAGUGGUUGACAACGAUCAAGAUGUAUCACGAGCAUUAUCAAAGUACUUUCGGUAUAAUCCCAUCAAUGAAUUCGAACCUUUCUUGGAGAGUUUAGGUCUACCCCCUUCUGAGUACCCAUCAUUACUUCCCAAAUCAUUAAUCUUUUUAGGAGAUGAUUCUCUUCUACUUGACAAUUUCCAUGCUCUUUGUGGCUACGGGAUUCCCAGAAUCAAAAUUGGCAAAAUGUAUAAGGAAACAAAAGAGAUAUUCGAAUACGAGCAUGGAGUGUUACUGAAGAAACUUAAAGCUUAUGAGGAAUUAGGGUUGAGUAAAUCAACUGUUAUCAAACUCAUAACAUGCUGCCCUUCACUUUUAAUCGGACUUAUUGAUAAUAACUUUCUUGUUGUUCUUGAAAAGCUCAAAAGAUUCCGAUUUGGAAGUGAAUGGAUUGGUACUAAUAUCUCUGAAAGAACAAAUUUGAAUUGGGACAGAAUGCUGGACACCAUGAGUUUUCUUGUUCAAGUGGGAUACAACGAUAAACAGAUGGAAAUUUUAUUCACAGGUAACCCUGCAUUACUCUUUGAAGGCUCAGGUAAACAAAUUUACAUCCUUGUAGCACAAUUACUUAAACUAGGGCUCAAAAUGAACCAAAUAUACGACCUUUUCUUGAAAAACCCCCAAAUUCUAUCAUCCAAAUGUGCCAAGAAUCUAUGGACAGCUGUCUGUUUUUUAACCGAAAUCGGAAUGGAAACAGAAAGAAUCGCGGGAAUCGUGACUACCCAUAUGGAAAUUCUUGGGUCCACUUCUUUAAAAUGUCCGAUUACUGUAAUGAACAGUUUGAAGCUACAACAAGAUGAAUUAUGUCAAGCAAUCAAGAAAGAUCCUAUGAAAUUGGUGAAUUUGGGUAGUAAUAGUAAAACAAUCGAUAAUCAAGAUUCUAACACGAUUGUGGAAAGGAAAAACUUUUUGUUGAGAUUGGGGUACAUUGAAAACUCUGAUGAAUUAUCGAAAGCUCUUAGAAAGUUUAGGGGAAGAGGGAGUCAAUUACAGGAAAGAUUUGAUUGUUUAGUGGAAGCUGGACUUGAUUAUAAUGUGGUUUCCAGUAUGAUCAAAAGGGCACCUUCGGUGUUAAAUCAAACGAAAGAUUUACUUGAGAAAAAGAUUGAUUGUUUGCAGAAUCGAUUAGGGUAUCCUUUGGAAGCUGUAGUGGCAUUUCCCUCAUAUUUGUGUUAUGAUAUUCAGAGGAUUAAUUUAAGAUUUUCCAUGUAUUUGUGGCUUUUGGAGAGAGGUGCUGCGAAGCCGAAGCUGUCUUUGAGCACUAUUUUGGCAUGUUCGGAUGCGAGAUUUGUGAAAUAUUUUGUUCAUAUUCAUCCUGAAGGUGUUUUUACAUGGGAGAGUUUGAAAAAAUCAUUGAAUUCGAGAUGA